CUACCAAUCAAAACCUCUGAAUAACACAGAAAAGGCGAAAGCAUGGCGUCGGUUGGCUCUAUGGAGGAGGCUGCGAGGAAGAGAAAGGAGAGACUUCGAGCUUUGAAAACAAAACAGAACCAGUCUGUCGAGCCUGGCGAAAAUGAUAUGGAAACAGAUGUAAUGGAGGCUUUGCCGAAACCUGUCUUCAGAAGCUACAAACCCCAGGAUAACAGUUUAAAGGAACAGGCAAUACCAGUAGCAAAGCCAGCAGAUGUUACAGAGAAAAUUCAAUCUCAACUGGAGGCAUCAAUAACAAAGGAAGUUGUGGAAGAGGUGGAUAUAAUGAAUUUGGCGCCAAGGAAACCAGAUUGGGAUUUGAAGCGUGAUGUAGCUAAGAAAUUGGAAAAGUUGGAAAAGAGAACUCAGAGAGCUAUAGCAGAACUUAUACGAGAGAGAUUGAAAUCCAGCAAUGAAGAUCUGGCCACUAUGGUUAAUGCAGCUAUGACUCAGAAUGUCCAGGACGAUGAUUGACCGAGUUAUUAGUGGGAUACAGCAGGAAGACAUUCUAUCCAAAUGGAAAGGAGUAAAGGAGUCUGCAGUCCCAGGAGUAAAUGAUCCGAGAACCAAGGGACACAACUCAUGUCAUUUGUUACAUGGCAGACACUGACAAAUGUAAUAUCAGGGAUACUAACUCACAACAGGAGAGAAUGUAAUCAAUACCAGACAUUUGUCUUGAAUUAUCAGUAAGGUGUGGACAAUUUCAUUAACAAAAUUAUUAAACAACAAUUGUCAUCUGUAGCAUAUUUUCUGUCUUAAAAAUGAGUUGUAAAUUGUUCUUCAUCUGUGGAUUUAGACAUUGUUGUGUUGAUGAUCUGACUUAUAUCUUAAAGUAAGGUGUGAAUCAGACAUACAAUGACAUCACUGUGUGUCAGUGUUAGGUUAUACCAUGAACUACCAGCAUUAAGACUCGCUGUUCAUCAAAUUUUGUUACUGAGUAACAAUGAAUCAAUAAGACUUACAAAACUUAAAAAAAAACCCAUACCCAUGCUGAAGGCAGCACAACAGAGGUAAAAUCACAUGUCCACUGGUUCAGAUGUCACUGGUUCACAUGUAUGCUGGUGCACCUAUCAUACUUGUUCAAGUGUCACUGGUUCACAUGUCACUAGUUCACAUGUCACUGGUUCAUAUAUCACUGGUUCACAUGUUCACUUGUUCACAUGUCCUGGUUCUUAUGACAAUGGUUCACAUGUCACUGGCUCACAUGUAACUGAUUCAUAUGUCACUGGUUCACAUGUUCACUUAUUCACAUGUCCUGGUUCUUAUGACACUUGUUCACAUGUCCUGGUUCUAUGACACUGGUUCAUAUGUCACUGGUUCACAUGUCACUGGCUCACAUGUCACUUGUUCACAUGUCACUAGCUCGCAUGUCACUGGUUCACAUGUCACUGGUUCACAUGUUCACUUGUUCACAUGUCCUGGUUCACAUGUCUGUAGCUCACAUGUCACUGGUUCAUAUGUCACUGGUUCAUGAUCACAUGUCACUGGUUCAUAUGUCACUGGUUCACAUGUCACUGGCUCACAUGUCACUUGUUCACAUGUCACUAGCUCGCAUGUCACUGGUUCGCAUGUCACUGGUUCACAUGUUCACUUGUUCACAUGUCCUGGCUCUUAUGACAAUGGUUCACAUGUCUCUAGCUCACAUGUCACUGGUUCAUAUGUCACUGGUUCAUGAUCACAUGUCACUGGUUCAUAUGUCACUGGUUCAUACAUUUUAUAUUGUUUAAAUACAUGUACUGUGUUAUACUUUGCACAUGUAAUUGUUCUGUUAUACAAGAAUACUUACUUUGACUUUAAAAAUUAUAUGUACACUGUUUAUUUUGGGAUACAUUUUGUACUUUUAAAAUUUUUUAAAGUUCCACACAUCAUGAUCUUUAGUGUUGAUGUUAUCUAACAUAAAGGAAUACAGGGAAUUUGGAUAUGUGAUUUCAUUUACCAUUUAAUGUCAGGUUGUAAUAAAGGUGAUGAUACAAUGUGUGAGAUAAUGUAUUAUAUAUAUAGGGUAUGAUUGCGUGUUAUGAUGUAUUUGUAUGUGAAAAUGUAACAUUUUAUAAGAAGAUAUGAGAGACGAGUAUAUGUGAUAGGUCUGUAAUAUAACGAUGAAUUGCAAACUUGUGAAAGUGAAAAUUAGAUUAUGGAAGUUUGUGACAGAGUCAUUAUCUGAUACCCACGGUUAAUUACACUACACUACACUUUUCACCUGUGAUAAGUGUAGCGUAGUGUAGUGUAAUCAACUCUGGGCAUCAAACAAUGUGACAGUGUAUAAUUGUAUAGUGUAUAAUUGACUUAAUGUGACUUAUCAGAUGUUUGAAUGGUACUCUCUGAAGAUGAAUGAAGAAACAUUAUUGUGAGAUUGUAGGUACAUGCUCUGUAAACAGCAAUGUAAGGUAUGAUAUCUUAAAAAUGCACUGUAUUGUAUGUACUUGUAAGUGAGAACAAAACAUAAUAAAUAUUGCCAUAUCUUUU